GUGUGGAUCCUGACCUGUUGGUGUUUGGAAAAUACUUUACCUCCAAUGUACGUGUGUUCCCUCACUACUACAGUCGAGGAAACGCCUCAGAGCCGCUGCCCUCAGACAAACGCCAGUUCAUCCAUCCGCUUCCACCGGCUGCACCUCCUCUGACAUUAUCUCCCACAGUUAAACCUCCCACCACAGCAGGCAGGGUCCUCACUGCUGUCACCACCACCAUCACUAGUACCAGUAUCACCACACUGCAGAGCACCAGUCAGCCUUCAACAGUUCCCACAACUACAGCUGCUUUAUCUUCCACUGCAGAGACUCCACUAGCUUCGGGGAACUAUGAACAAACAACCCUGACCACCUCCACCACUUCUCUUGCACCCAGCUUCAAAACACCUCCUUCAUCCACCGCAGCAACCAUCCUCAGCCUUUACAAUCCCAAAACCACUCCUGCCUUUUCUGACUUUUCUGCCACGACUGCACAGCCCUCCACAUCCCCUCUCCAUCACCACACCACCACAACCAUCUCUCAGUUGGCCACCAGCCCUCCACCCUCCACAGCCUUUAUGGGCAGUAUAGAGAGCAGCAAGCAAUCCCCCAAUGACACCAAGGGCAGCCUGGGAAGGAACCACACUGCAGGCAGUGAGGGAGGCCAGGGUGUCAGCGGGGAGGACACCUUAGAGAGUUUGGGACCAGGGUGGCAUGUAGCUGCUCACACCUUGCUGGUUGCGGUGGCCAUCUGUAUCACAGUGCUGCUGAGCUGCUGCUGUUCCAUUCUGCUGGUGGUGAGCUGGAGGGGUCAGAGGAAGAGGAUGGGGCGAUACCGAACAUCGUGGAGAGGGAAAAGAGGCUCCAUGCGUCUGAUAAAGUAUGUGCUGGUCAGAGAAAACUCCUCAAAGUAGGGCCAGGAAAAAAAAAAAAAUGGAACUGACUCAACUGUUUACAUGAAUGUUUUCAACAAAGGAAUCCAGGAUUGA